AUGCCUUAUCCGUACGAACAUUGGGAACAUGAUUCCUGGGAAGGUCGUGGCUGGGGCCCUCCUUCCCCUCCGCCUCAAGCCCGCUAUUACAAAAACACAUAUCGACACAGUGGUCAUCUCACACCCGAACCACAAUACUCCAACCUUCACCGCUCGCACUCGCAAGGCCACAAUACAGCGCAUCCCACCAACAUCCAUAUUCACAACAAGAUUCCUAUCACCCAAGAGACGACCACUCGUGAGGAGCAGGAGCGUGAGAAGAGAGCCUAUGAAGAUUUUCUCCAUCGCCAACGUGAAAAGGAAGCAGAAGAGGAACGAGCCUACCGUGAAGCCCUUCGGAAGCAAAAGGAAAAGGAAGAAGCCAAAGAGAGGGAAUAUCAAGCUUUCUUACGCGAGCAAAAGGAAAAACAAGAAGCAGAGGACCAAGCAAAGAAGGAGGAACAAGCUCGUAUUGAUUCUGUCAUGAGAGCUCGCCUCGAAAAACUGGGAUACUCACAACAUGAGAUUGAACUCGCGUUGGAUCCUGAAAAGGCGGAAAAGGAAAAGAAGAAAAAGAAGAAGCAUCGAUAUUCGGGCGAUGGCGACAUAAUCAUGGUACCACCCAGUUUGCCUGAUGCAACUCCCAUGAUGUCGGUCGGUUUCGCUCAAGGUAACGGACAUGUGCCUGUCUAUCCUCGCAUCAAUCGCAAGUUCUUGGACAUCGAAACGCUGGAGCAUUACCAUGUGCCGUGGGAAUGGGAUCGUGCAAACUCGGAAUACAUCAUUCUCCUCCGCGAACUUGACAAGUAUGAGACGGACGUCCUCUUUGAACACACCCGUCGCCGUCGUCAAGGUCUAUCUGCUCCUUUGCUUAUUGAAAAGUCCAAGGACAAGGCGCCGAACUUUGCUUGGGUCAGAAGGAAGAGCAAGGACAGAAGCAAGAGUAGAGGUAGGGACAUAAGGGUCACGGAGAUUGUGAGAAGAGGAUAGAUGUCGUUUGAUUAGAUUGAGUAGUACGAGGUCUCGAAAGCUUCUUGGAAAGUGAGGCUCUGGGAUGAAAAUGGCAGAUUGGAACACUCUCGGCAGAAUGACGUGCAGGUGAUAUGCUUGAAAUGUAGAUUACUGCCC